ACACGUCCGGUGCAAGCCCACGUCGUAUUUUCAGCACCUGAAUAUGGCAAUGGUCUUGAGCAUGGAGAAAUUUCCACGAAACAGUGCUUUUUGGAGCAAUUUUCGCCUUCUAUCCGUGAUAGCGGUUGCUACCUGGUGGACCAUAUCAGUGCAGAACACGCUGAGAACGCUGCGGGAGGAAAUUCGCCAGAUGCGACCCAUAGUUUACCAAAAGCAUGGCUUCGCUAAAGAAUUCAUAUUUGCCUACCAAAACUCGAAAAUCGCCGACAAAGAACUGCGAAAGCUUUAUACGUUUUCUAAGUCUGAAGCACUGAUGCUCAGCAGUUAUUCUCAAGAUGAUGACCGUGUGAUUGAUCACAUUCGAAACAAUCUGUUAAUCCCGCCGCCAGAGACUCCUACCAAACAACCAGACUAUGACACUUCAAGAGGACUGGCAAAUAAAGUGCACAACACUCUUUUAAGCAUGAAUCUAACAAAGGGAUUUUACAUUGAGAGCGGUGCUUUAGACGGCUACUUUAUGUCCAACACGCUCUACCUUGAAACCUGGUUCAAGUGGACAGGCUUGCUGAUCGAACCUGAUCCGCCGCACUUCACGUUGCUCAAGAAGAGAGGCAGGAAUGCUUGGCUGUUGCCCACUUGUCUCAGUUUAGAAAACAGAACCACCUUGGUGCGCUUUCUCUCGCAAUCGACCAAUCCAAAAGUCAAUUCUUCCUCUGGGAACAUUGAAUUGAAUUGCAUGCCGCUUUACUCAGUGAUUAAAGCUCUUCCCUCAAGCAUAAGUAGCAUUGGACUGGUCAGCCUGGACAUCGGAGGUGACGAAAUGGAGGUUUUGAGUACAGUAGCGCUCGACAAACUUGAUAUAAAAAUGUUUGCUGUAAAAUUCAAGAACAUUAAGGGAGGCAAAAAUGAAUUACUAACAAUGAUGAGUAGGAAAGGCUACACUGAGGUUUUCCUGACUUCUGAAGAAAAUCGUCAAACAAAUAAUUGGAAGGAAGAAAUAGUUUUGUUAAAAAAAACCGAUAAGAAAACGACAUAAUUUCAGAUCUUUGUUGUUAAACUAGAAAAAAAUAUUUAAAGGGACUCAUUUAUUUAUUUCACUACAUUCUAUAAAAUCUAUUUUGAUUGUUUGAGGUAAUUGGGGAAUUAUCCGCCCUAGCACAACACAUGAUUUAUCCCGUUCAGAUUUUCAUGAAAAACACAUCAUGCUCUACACCAAAAUAAAAGCACCCUCUUGGGGCUCGGUGACAAACACCAACUUGUCCACGUCCUUUCCCUUGGCCAGAGGAUGCUCCGCGUAAAACUCUCUUUUCAAGGUGUCCACAAACUCUUUGGCGUUUUCAGGCGAAGUCAGAGCAACGGAACAGCCUCCCCAACUUUGAUUUGUCUAUUAGUUUACAAGGCAAAAAUAUUGAUUGAGUGAACACUCACCCUGCCCCUGUGAGUCGAGCACCGUAGCGCAAAUUUUCUCCAAUGGAGACGAGUUUGUCCAAACCAGGGUGACUGCACUCGUACAGGUCCUUGAGAGACGCGUGACUUGAAUUCAUCAGUGCACCUAGCGUCUCAAGAGAAGCACCGGUUUCGCCUGCUUCAAAGAAUUGAUGCACCCGGCUCGCCUCUGUUUGAAAAAUGAUUUAACUAUGAUUAGACAUUUUUAAAUUUUGUUUUAUAACCUUGGUAAACAUGUAGAGCUCGCUGGUAAAGCUUGAACUUCUGAAUGUUCUUGGUGUUUUCACUCAGAGUGAGUUUCUCCAAUUCAUCGUCAGUGGUUUCUAGAAUCUCACAUAUCUGCAAAAUAAUACAUGUGUGAUUUAGAGGUAACUUUGUAAAGGAAAAUUUAUGCAAAUUUGUAGGAUAAAUAAAUAAGUCUUUUUAUUCAA